AUGCUCAGAGAAUACCAGAAGGAAUGCAUCGACGCCUGCCUCAAGCGCAUCGACGAGGGAGUCAAGCGCCAGGCAGUGUCGCUCCCAGUCGGCAGCGGCAAAACAGUCGUGUUCUCAAACCUGAUAAAAAGAAUCAAGCCGCCAACCAGCAUUGCAACCAAGACAUUGGUGCUGGCCCACCGCGAGGAGCUGCUGGAGCAAGCAGCAAACCAGAUUCGGAAAGCAUCGCCCGACCUCAUAGUCGAAAUUGACCAGGGCAAGCGCGUGGCGAAUCCGGCAGCCGAUGUCAUUGUUGCGAGCGUCCCGACGCUGGGCAGGGCCAACAGCAGUCGCAUUGAGCGGUUUGACCCAAAGAGAUUCAAGUGCAUCAUCAUUGACGAGGCACAUCAUGCUGCGGCCAUGACAUACCGGCGGAUCAUCGACUACUUUAUCACACUAAAGGGGAACCAGGACCUGGUUGUAUGGGGGUGCUCGGCGACGCUGCGCAGACAUGACGGACUCAGCCUGAAUCAUGUGUUUGAUGAGAUUGUCUACCAAAAGUCGUUCUUUGAGAUGAUCAGCGAACAGUGGCUCUGCCCCAUGAAGGUGGUCACCAUCAAGACACAGGUCAGCCUGGACAAGGUGCGCAGUUACAUGGGCGAUUUCUCCGUCAGCUCACUCUCUGAGACCGUCAACGAACUCGACCGCAACAAGGCCAUCAUCAGCGCCUACCACGAUAUUGCACAGGGCCGGAAAUCAGUGCUAGUAUUUGGCGUCGAUGUCAAGCAUGUAAACGCGCUGAAGGACCUGUUUGUAAGCUACGGGGUCAAUGCAGAGGCGGUCUUGGGCACGACACCACCGGCUGAGCGCCAGCGCAUCUUGGACGAUUUCAGGGCACGCCGGGUCCCGGUACUGGUCAACUGCGGAAUCCUGACUGAGGGCACAGACAUCCCAAAUAUCGACUGCGUCUUUAUGUCGCGUCCCACACGCAGCCUCGUCAUGUUCCAGCAGAUGAUCGGUCGCGGGGUGCGCAGGUUUGAUGGAAAGAAGGACUGCCUGAUUGUCGAUUUCGUCGACAUGUUCUCUAACAAGACCUCGGUGGUCACCGUACCCAGUCUCCUGGGCCUUGAUCCACACAUGACUCUCGACGGA